AUGUGUUCAAGCAUGGGGACGACGAUGCACGACAUGGCCGCCGGCACGAAGCUCCAGCAGCAGCAGGGGCCGACGUCGCCGACAGCGUCGGUGUCGGAGUCGAACAUCGUGGCGUCGACGGUGUCGGCUGGCCCGGAGGCCAACGACGCCCUGGCUGGGCUGCAGGCGCUCCGGUUCGACGGCGGCGGCGACAUCGACGAUGCCGAGAUCCAGUCGCCGGACAUCGCCCUGUGGGAGUCCAUCUUCGCCGACCAGAUCGGCGCUUCCUCCGGCGCCGACUUCCUGCUGUCCAUGUCGUCGGCCUCCCCGAGGAGGGACUUCAUGGCGUGCAGCCCUAGGAGGGAGUUCAUGGCGUCCUCGCCCAAGAGGGACUACAUGGUGACCUCGUCGCCGGUGAGGGACUACAUGGUGUCCUCUCCCAAGAGGGAGUACAUGGUCACCUCGCCGAGGAGGGAGAUGGUGUCUUCACCGAGGAGGACGACCUUCUCCAACCUCUACACCACCACCAGCCAUGGUGGCGGCCACCACCAGAGCUACGUUCAUGGCGGCGGAAUGGAGGGAGCCGGCCAUGGCGCGCAACUGCUCUACAGCGGCCUCGCCGGCCAUGGCAAGGGGAAGUCGCAGAGCCCACUGCACAAGGUGUACAUCAACAACGGCGGCGGCGGCGCACACAGCAGCAGCAGCAGCCAUGGCGGAGACGGCAAGAGCAACACGCCGUCCACGCUCUCCUGCUCUUCCUCCUACGUACAUGGCGCCGAGAGCGACCUCCCGGCCUCCUUGCCGUCCAUGGACCCCUUCCUCGAAGAAGGCUACCUAGCGUCGUACCAGCUGCCGGACAACGCAAGCGGCGGCGCCCCCGCCUCUGCCGUGACCGCGCCGUCGUCGUCGCAGCAGCUGCCGACGCUGUCCGAGUGCCUGGCAAUGCCGGAGCCGGCUUACAGAGGCGGCGGCGAGGAAGCAGUCACGGCGGCGAUGGCAGCUGGUGGGCUGCCCGUGGGAGCGUUGGGGCAUCCUGGUAUGUACUAUGGCGGCGGCGGCGGCGGCGGCCAGUUUGGAGAAGGCAUGGCGCCGCCGCUGCAGCAUCAGAUGGCGAAGGCUGACCAGUGGGCGGCUGACUCUUCGCUGCACAGCAUGCUGGGCUCAGUGGUCCAAUCAGAAGCUGAGCAGGAGCAGGACAGUGGGCUUCAGCUGGUGCACCUGCUGCUGGCGUGCGCCGACAUGGUGUCCAAGGGCGACCAGCCGGCGGCGCUGCGCCACCUCCACCUCCUCCGCCGCGUCGCCUCCCCUCUCGGCGACUCCAUGCAGCGCGUCGCCUCCUACUUCGCCGACGCGCUCGCCGCCCGCCUCUCGCUCUCCCCCUCCGCCUCCGCCUCCCCGCUCCCGCUCCCGCCCUCGCCGGAGACGCUCAAGGUCUACCAGAUCCUCUACCAAGCCUGCCCCUACAUCAAGUUCGCCCACUUCACCGCCAACCAGGCCAUCUUCGAGGCGUUCCACGGCGAGGACCGCGUGCACGUCGUCGACCUCGACAUCCUCCAGGGCUACCAGUGGCCGGCGUUCCUCCAGGCGCUCGCCGCGCGCCCUGGGGGACCCCCGACGCUGCGCCUCACGGGUGUCGGCCACCCCGCCGCCGCCGUCAGGGAGACCGGCAGGCACCUCGCCUCCCUCGCCGCGUCGCUCCGCGUGCCGUUCGAGUUCCACGCCGCCGUCGCCGACCGCCUCGAGCGCCUCCGCCCCGCCGCCCUGCAGCGCCGCGUCGGCGAGGCCCUCGCCGUCAACGCCGUCAACCGCCUCCACCGCGUCCCCGGCGCCCACCUCCCCGCUCUGCUCUCCAUGGUCCGCGACCAGGCGCCCAAGAUCAUGACGCUCGUCGAGCAGGAGGCCGGCCACAAUGGCCCCUACUUCUUGGGCAGGUUUUUGGAGGCGUUGCAUUACUACUCGGCGAUCUUCGACUCGCUGGACGCGACGUUCCCGGCGGACUCGGCGGCGAGGAUGAAGGUGGAGCAGUGCCUGCUGGCGCCGGAGAUCCGGAACGUGGUGGCGUGCGAGGGGGCGGAGCGGGUGGCGCGCCACGAGCGGCUGGAGCGGUGGCGCCGCCUCAUGGAGGGCCGCGGGUUCGAGGCCGUGCCGCUCAGCCCGGCCGCCGUCGGGCAGAGCCAGGUGCUGCUCGGCCUCUACGGCGCCGGCGACGGCUACCGGCUCACCGAGGACGGCGGCUGCCUCCUCCUCGGGUGGCAGGACCGCGCCAUCAUCGCCGCCUCCGCGUGGCGCUGCUGA